UCUCGACCCGGGUGCGCACCGGCCGCGGCAGUUACGAUGAGUUUGCCCAGCGGUGUGGACAUGACCGCUGCUCUCAUGUCGCAGCAUCCCGCGGUACUCGGAGGCCUGUCGCCCGCGUUCUUCUUGCAGCGCGCGUCCGAGCGGUACCAGCGGACGCCCAAGUGCGCCAGGUGCAGGAACCACGGAGUCGUGUCAGCCCUCAAGGGACACAAACGUUAUUGUCGCUGGAGGGAUUGUGCGUGUGCAAAAUGUACUUUGAUAGCAGAAAGACAGAGAGUUAUGGCUGCCCAGGUAGCUCUACGGCGGCAACAAGCUCAAGAAGAAAACGAAGCAAGAGAGCUUGGAUUAAUAUACCCGCCACCAUCGUCAUCCUCUUCAGCCGCUGCUAGGUCAAGUCCAGACGAAAAGAGAGCGCGUCUCAGUUCAGAAGAAUCGAUUACUGCAAAACAUGACCAGACGAUUGGCACACAAGAUCAAAACACACGUAGUCGUUCGUCUAGCGUGUCGCCAAACGCCCCGACCCAAGUGACGUCCACACAAUUCGCCGCCAAGUUCAACAGCCCCAUAAUAUCGGAGGUGGAGAGCAACGAGAGCAGCAACGAAGCCGCCCCGGAGAACCUGUCGCUGCCCAAACGGAGAGACUCGAGCUCGCCGACCGAGCAGCCCGACCGUUCCCGCUUGCCGUCGAACUAUCCGAACUUCACCAGCUUCCUGGAGAGCAGCGUCGCGGCCGCGGCCUCCGCCGGCGUCAACUCCGUAGCCCGGUCCGCCGUGGACGUGCUCAGGCGCGUUUUCCCGUACAAGAGACGCGUGGACAUCGAGACCGUGCUUCAGAGGUGCAACGGUGACGUCUUGCACGCGAUCGAACUCAUGAUGUGUUCGUCCGAUCAACUGCCCGCCAUGACGCACCCGUCGCUGAUGGACUCGCACUCGGCGUUCUCGCCGAUGUCCGCGGCCGCGGCCACGGUAUGCACAGCCGCGGCGGCCAUGACGUCGUUCCAUCACCAGCAGCAGCAGCAGCAGCAACAGCAUCAGCACCAUCACCAUCAGCAGCAGCAGACACCGCGUUUCCUGACCGCGCCCAUUCACCAUUACCUGCAACCGCAACUCCAUCACCUGACCACGGUGCACCCGCACGCGAUGACUUACCAGUCGCAUCACAUGAACCCGGCCGCUACCUCGCCGCGAUCACCGUCGCCCGGCUCCGACAAAACGUCGUUCUCCGAUUGAAAGCGCGCCGCCGUAGCAGUCACCGAACCGUCGUGAGCGUUUUCACCGUUCCAUCCCGCCGGCCAACCGCCGAAACGCUCGUCCGGUCCCGUGUAAAUAUUCGUACGCAGAUGUAUACCGCCGACCCGAGUUUCAGCGGACAGAUUUUUUUUUUUUUUCGGAUAAGAAUCAUCAUCGCGUGUCCAUACGAUAACGUUCCCCCGCGCAACGCCCCACGUCCCGUCACGAAUAAACGUUUUCAGAACUUCACGUACCAAAUCAACACACACGUGCGCGUUGCCCCGUAGUUUAGGAGCGGUAAACGAGAACCCAUUCUUUCGGAUCGUACGCGUUCACCGGACGAACCGACAUCAAACAAUAACGUGUCUGACCGAAACGUUUCGCGUACAAUUAUCAGUAUACGAUUUUGUACAAUGUUUUGUCAUGUGCACAGUUCACUAUCGAUUGAUUAUUAUGAGCUCCGCGGUACAGUAGGUCAGUGCACGGACACAGUACAUAAUGUAACCACGCUGUACGCCCGAUAUCCGUUUGUAAAAUAGCACGUGUUUUAAUCUGUAAAUAUAAUAGUGAUUACAAUUUCCACACAAUACGAUAAAUAAUGUAGUAUUGCGAAUUCCAUAAUAUUGUAUUACAUGUAUACAUUCAUAAUAUAGAUUAACACUAUAAAUUUAAAAUUAUUUUAAGCGACUAUAUUUAUUGUGUUCCGAAUCUAGACGUAACACUUGAAUAUAAUAAAUUAUUAUUACUAUUAUUACUAUCAUUAUCAUUAUUAUUAUCAUUAUAGGACUCU